GCGCCGUUGCGGUGAACAUGCCUCCGUCCUAUCUCGGGUCGUCGUCCUCGACGCCCACGCUGCCUUUCACCCGCCCCCGCAUGUUCUCCUCGUACACCGUUCUCUAAGACCUCACAGCGUCUCGUCGACGACCCUCGGCGAGCGGUACGAAGCAUGCAUACAACCACACACCACGGCGUGCAUGGGCACGCACCACCGCCCGGCUUGUUCAGCGCAACGCGAUUAGCAAGCUUCACGACGUGUCUCCUGGUCGCGCUUGCAUCCGGCACGAACUAUGUCUUCUCUGCAUACGCCCCGCAACUCGGCUCGCGACUUGGACUAUCCCACACGCAACUCAAUGUUAUAGGAUUGUCAGGCAACAUCGGUGUCUACGGCUCAGCACCGCUAUGGGGACGAAUAGUCGACACUCGCGGUCCGCGCGGACUGUUCAUCAUGGGGUUCUUCUCCCUACUCGUUGGCUACCUCGGUAUCCGUCAUUACUAUGAUCAGGGACUCUCAGACGGCUCGUCCACACUGGGCACUUUGAGUAUCUGCCUCCUUGCUGCGUUCAGUUUCCUCACUGGAAUCGGCGGGAACGGCGGCCUGGCGAGCGCCAUGAACUCGACAGCGAAGUCCUGGCCAGACAAGAUGCGCGCGACGAUGAACGGCGUCGUCAUCUCGGGGUUUGGGCUCUCCGCCUUCCUCUUCUCGACGAUUGCGCACGUCGCCUUCCCAGGGAACACCUCCGACUUCCUACUCAUUCUCGCGGUGGGCACCGCACUGCCUAUGGUCCUCGGCUUCUUCCUCAUUCGUCCGAUCCCCCUCCCGCAUUCCGUGGUCGAAGAAGAGGCAUUCGAGUCGCCCGCCGCUCACGCACACAGGCCAGCACCGCCACCCGCAGCGAUCGCGUCUCCCGUGCUGUACCGCGACAGCACGAGCCAGACGCACCUACUGUCGCCACACGUGCAUCAUCAUGACGACGAGGACGACAUGCUGGCGACCGCCGAAGAGGUGGACGAGCUAAUCCCCGGGUACACGGCGGGCCCGCAACACACGGCGCUCGCCUCAGAUUACUUCGUGCCUGCGAACGCGGAGAGCGUGGCGCUGAGCCCGACGCGGGGCGAAGGGCGCUCGAGAAGCAGAAGCGCGUUCUCGGCGAGGAGGGGGAGUGCGAGGAGCUAUGUCGUCCCGCCUUUGACUGAGCUGGAGCCGCCGAACGUGCAUGGGAAGGGGCUGUUCGUGGACGUGGACUUUUGGGUAAUCUUCAGCAUUACGGCACUGUUGGCGGGUACUGGGCUAAUGUACAUCAACAAUGUCGGCUCGAUAUCCCAAGCGCUUUUCGCGAUGGGCAACCCUGACUACGACGAGUCGAAGGCUGGACAAUGGCAAGCCACACAAGUAUCCAUCGUCAGCAUCACGAACUGUGCAGGUCGUUUUUUCAUUGGCAUGGUCGCGGACUUCGUCCGGAACUACCUCCAGCGUCCGCGCUCGUUCUGCAUCACAGUCGUCGCUGCCAUCUUUAUCGUGUCGCAGGUGACAUGCUACUAUGUCUCAGCGGUCGAGAACCUCUGGAAGGCGAGUGCGCUCUUGGGCCUGGCGUACGGCUGCAUGUUUGGGCUGUUCCCGACGAUCUGCAUCGAGUGGUUUGGGCUACCGCACUUCUCGGAGAACUGGGGCUUCGUUUCGCUUGCGCCCAUGCUCGGCUCGAACAUCCUCUCCAUCGCCUUCGGGCGCAACCUCGACGCACACGCGCCGCACUCCUCAGAGUCCUCUCCCGCCCUCGCGACGCCCUCUACAUCCGCCGCUUCGGGCGUGCUCGACCUCGCGCGCCGUGCGGGCCUGCCGAGCAGUGCGCAGUGUCUCGAGGGCCGCGCAUGCUAUCGUGACAGUCUGAAGCUCACGAUCGGUGCGUGCUGUGUGGCGUUCGCGUUGGCGAUGUACUCCGGCUGGCGGGAUCGGACGAGACAGGUGAGGGUUGCGUUGAGGGUGGAGGGUCCGGCGGAUGAAGUUGUCUGGGAGGAGGAAGAGGAGUAGAUUGCAUACAGGGCUGCAGUUUUGUGAAGCAUGGUUUGGUUGAGGGGUUCGACGUGUUCGAAUGCCCUAUGCAUUUUGGGCUUGACGGUGAUGAUAGGGUGCGUUGUCUAGACUCGGAUGCGCAGGAAUGUA